AUGUCUGAAACAGCAAUCAUCCACUGGCUUUCGCACAAUGGAGUAGAAGUCCAUCCUUCAAUACAAAUAUCCCGGUCUCCUUCUGGCGAACAAAUCAUUAAUAACAUACCCGCCUCAACAACUUUGCUAAACAUCCCUGCUUCUGCUAUUAUAACUGCGACAAACAGCUCUCUUCUCGAGCGUAUUCCAUCCUUGGCAGAAAAGUCACAAUGGACUAUUCUAAUCCUCAUAAUAAUGUACGAAGCUUCAAAGCCAGAUUCACAAUGGCGGAGCUAUUUUGAUAGCAUGCCAACAGAGUUUGAUACUCUAAUGUAUUGGUCUCAAGACGAAUUGAAAGAACUCGAAGGGUCAGCCGUAUUGAACAAAAUUGGCAAGGAAGAGGCGGAGGCAAUGUAUUUGGAGGAGAUCAAGACAUUUGUUGAUGCUAACGGAGACGUAUUCGGAGGAGUUGAUGUUUCAUUGGAGGCAUUUCAUAAAGCUGGAUCAUGGAUCAUGGCAUUUUCGUCGGAUUUCGAGAAGCCAGGGCAUACUCGAGAUGAAGACGCCAUGGAUGAUGACGAUGACGACGAAUAUGACUCCUUGGAUACGGACAAAGUUUUGGUUCCCUUCGGAAAUCUGAUUCAAAUUGAUUGCAAUUUGGCGAAUUGCGAAUUCUUGCCAUCGGAGGGUUCGGUAUCUCUAGUUUCUACGAGGGAUAUAUCAACGGGGACAGCUCUCUACAGCGACCCCGGUCCGGUUCCUCGAUCUGAUCUACUCCGCCGGGUUGGCAGGUACCCUCAAUCGUCAACACAGCACGAUGUGAUCGAAAUAGAUUCUACACUACUCAUAUCUGUUGCCGGAAAGAACCUUUCGGAUAGUACACGUGACUCCAGGAUAGAAAGGCUAGUCGAAGAAGAACUACUUGAGGAUUCAUACGAUAUCGAGGCAGAUGGCGGGAUAUCUUCUGAGAUACUCAUUGUGAUCCAGGCAUUUUCAGUUGAUGAUGAGACUUUCCGGUCUUAUGCGACUGAAGAGAAGUUCCCAAAGGCGAAGAAGGAUGCUAGGACCAGGGACGUUAUCCUCGAAGUUAUUCAAAAAAGGAGGGAGGGUUUUGCAACAUCGAGAGAAGAAGAUAUAGCGAUUUUGGGAAAUUCAGGAGAGGCUCUUGGGAGAAGGAAUAGGAUGGCUGUUGAGGUUCGAUUAGGGGAAAAGGAAAUUUUGAGAAAGAUGGAGGAAGUAGUCAGGUCGUGGGCUGACACCACAGAGAACCAGAGUAGGAGUGCGAAGAGGCAGAAGAGGUAA